UAAUCACCUCUCUAAAACAAAAAACCAGAUCAACUCAUGCUUUUACAGUUGAUGUGUCAUACAGUGUCACAGCCGACACGCCAACAAUACAUUGCCAACAUCCCACUUCAAAGACAGGGAGAGAAACAUUGCUCAUUUGUUUCUUACAGAUUGAGGUAAAAUGGAGGUUUUUCAGCUGCUGAUGAGGAUCAUCAUCCCAUUGUCUGAUUUCAUUAUUCUGGGGUCUGGUUGAUCCAAACUGGUUCAAAGUUUGAAACGUUUUCUGGUUUUGUGGACACCCGUUUGCUUGGUUUGAGAAGAUUCUGCUCCUUUAGGUGGUAGUUGAUCAGUGUUUAACUUAUAUUUCAAGUUCUUUCACUUGUCGCCUCCAUUAUCAAAUUGUCUCAAUAGCUGAAACAAGAAGCUCCCAACUCUGAUAAACUGGACCUGUGACCAAUUUGGUAGGUUCUAGAAAUGGAGAAAUAGACCUGAAGAGUGUCAAACAAGAUUACAAGAACAACACUGGUGGUGGAAAUCUCUAGUCUUAUAGUCUUGCCUAGGUCCAUUAUCAGGGUUUGCGAAUUCAAAACCAGCUGCACUGUUGUUCUUCUCUGGAGUUAUGGCAAACUUGUCACAUUCUGAGUCUAGGCGCUUAUAUUCUUGGUGGUGGGAUAGCCACAUUUGUCCGAAGAAUUCAAAAUGGCUUCAGGAGAACCUUACAGACAUAGAUGCCAAAGUCAAAGCAAUGAUCAAGCUCAUUGAAGAGGACGCAGACUCAUUUGCAAGGAGGGCAGAAAUGUACUAUAAGAAGCGCCCAGAACUCAUGAAACUAGUGGAGGAGUUCUACCGAGCAUACCGUGCAUUAGCAGAGAGAUAUGAUUACGCAAUGGGGGAGCUACGCCAGGCCAAUAAAACCAUGGAAGAAGCAUUUCCCAACCAAGCACAUAACAUGGUGACUGAUGAUUCAUCAUGCGGUUCUUCGGGCCUUGAUUCGGAAUCACACACAUCAGGAUCAGGAGAGUCUAAUCCAAGUUGUUCAGAAAGUGAAAUUCAAACCUUAAGGAAUGCCUUGGCCAAAAUACAGUCUGACAAGGAUGCUAUUUACCUUCAGUACCAGGAGAGUUUGAAGAAGUUAUCAGAAAUGGAAAGGGAUCUGACUAAGGCGCAAAGAGAUGCUGGAGGCCUUGAUGAACGAGCAAGUAGAGCUGAAGUUGAAGUUAAAAUAUUGAAGGAAGCUCUGGCUGAGCUAAAAGCCGAGAAGGAUGUGGGUUUAGUUCAAUACAACCAGUGUCUAGAAGUUAUCUCUAGACUGGAGACUAACUUAUCUGCGGUGCAGCUAGAAGCCAAGGGACACGAUGAGAGAGCUUCGAAGGCAGAAAUUGAAGCAACAAAUGUUAAACAAGAACUUACCAGAUUAGAAGCUGAGAAGGAUGCUGGUCUUCUUCAAUAUAAGAAGUGUGUUGAAAAGAUCUCAGUGUUGGAGGCUACGAUUACACUUACUGAGGAGAAUUCCAGGAUGCUAAAUGAACAACUCGAAAGGGCAGAGGUGGAAGUUAGAGCACUGAGGAAAAAUCUUGCUGAACUGAAUGAAGAGAAAGAAUCUGUAGCUGUCCAUUACCAUCAGUGCUUGGAAAAAAUAUCUAAAUUGGAGAAUGAAAUUUCGCGUGCCCAAGAAACUACUGAACAACUGAAUAGAGAAGUUAAGGAAGGGGCUGAAAAACUUAAGAGUGCUGAAGAACAUUGUGAUGUACUGGAGAAAUCUAAUCAACAUCUGAAGUCAGAAGCUGAAAAUCUAGUGCUGAAGAUAGCUAUGAAAGAUCAAGCUCUCUUAGAGAAGCAUGGUGAGAUAGAGAGGCUGCAGACUCUGAUGCAUGAAGAGCAUUCUCACUUUCUUCAAAUUAAAUCUGCUCUACAGAAUCUGCAGAAGUUGUACUCCCAAUCACAACAGGAGCAAAGAACUCUUGCUUUGGAGCUUAAAUAUGGGCUUCAGCUGUUGAACAACUUAGAGCUUUCCAAACAAGGUUUUAAGGAAGAGAUGGAAGCCAUCGCUGAAGAAAACAGGACUCUGCAUGAACUUAGCUUCUCUUCCACCAAGUCAUUACAAAAACAGCAAAUGGAAAUCUCUAAAUUGAAGGAGAUCAGAGAGAAACUUGAAAGAGAGCUUGAUUUAAAUGCUGAAGAAAGCAAUGCCUUCCAGCAUGAAGCUCGUCAAAUAAAGGAUGAUAUCCAGCAUUUGAAUGAUAGAUAUCAGGCUAUGCUGGAACAACUACAGAGUUUAGGUUUGAAUCCUACAUGUUUUGUAGCAUCUGUGAAAGAUUUACAAAAUGAGAAUUCGAAGCUAAAAGAAGUCUGCAAAGUGGAGCAUGAUGAGAAAGAAGCACUUCGUGAAAAGUCAAAGGAUAUGGAUGAGCUUUUGAUAGAAAAUGCCUUCAUGGAAUUUUCCUUGUCGGGAUUGAAUGGAGAGUUAGAUGGACUAAGAGCAACAGUGAAGAAAUUUCAAGAGUCUUGCCAAGUUCUCCAGGAAGAAAAAUCCCUUCUUGCUGAUGAAAAAUCAACUCUACUUUCGCAGUUACAAAUUAUCACUCAAAGUUUUCAGAAGCUAUUGGAGAAGAAUACCCUUUUAGAGAAGUCCCUCUCUGAUGCGAAGAUUGAGCUUGAAGGCUUGAAGACUAAAUCAAGUGACUUGGAAGAAUUCUGCAAUUUGCUGAAUAAAGAGAAGCACAAUCUGCUAAAGGAAAGAAGCAUACUAGUAUUUCAGUUGGAGAGUGUUGAGGCAAAACUAAGUGAUCUGGAAAGAAGGUUUACCGAAUUAGAAGAAAAAUAUGCUGAUGUGGGGAAGGACAAAGAAAGCACAGACAAUCAAGUAGAGGAACUGCGUGCUUCAAUUUUCGUGCAAAAGGAAAAGCAUGCUAAUCAUAAACACUUGAGUGAAGCCCGAUUAGCGAAUUUGGAGAAUCUUGUUCAUGUACUGCAAGAAGAACAGCGGUUGGGGAAGAUAGAAUUUGGAGAAGAACUUGACAAAGCUGUCAAUGCUCAAAUGGAGAUGUUCAUUAUGCAAAAUUGUGUAGAAGAACUGGAGCAGAUGAACUUGGCCUUGUUAACUAAAUGUGAAAAGCAUAUUGAGGCAUCAAGAUUUUCUGAUAAAGUCAUCUCAGAGUUGGAGACUGAAAAUCUUAUGCAACUGAUGGAGGAAGAGUUUUUGUUACAUCAAAUCAGAAAGUUUAAGAUGGUUAUGCAUCAAGUGUGUGGAGCUCUUCAGAUUGAUCCAAAUGAUGGGCAUGACAAAGGAAUAAAGGAAGAGGAAAUACCAACAUUGCAUAUUUUGGACAAAAUUGAGGGAUUGAAAAGUUCUCUCGAAAAACACCAAAAGGAGAAGCAGCAGAUACUUGCAGAGAACUCUGUCCUCAUAACUUCACGCCAGGAACAUCAAUCUGAAGUAGAAAAACUGGAGUCAGAGAAAGAUAUCAUGGAGGAAGAACUUGUGAAUCUGAGACAGCAGAAUGUAAUGUUGCAGAAAGAAAAGACUGAGCUUCUAGAGAAAAACAUGCAACUGAGGACUGAAGUAGCCAAUAGAGAAGAAAAAGAAAAUACAUCAAAGUCCGAAUUUGCGGCUCUGCAUGUGGAGAUGAUAGAUCUGCAAAGAACAAAUCAAGUGUUUCAGGAAGACAAUGAUAAGAUGCUUGAGGAGAAAAAUUCAUUGUUUAGGAAUGUUUUGGACCUAAAAGAUGCAAUUUCUGCUGCUGAAGAUGAGAACAGUGUAAUCUUCCAUGAGGUACUAACUCUAAGAACCCUUAGUUUGGUUUAUGAGAGUUUUCUAACUGAGAAUGUUAUUGAACAAAAAGCACUUUCCGAACAUCUCAGCAAUCUUGGCCAUUUGAACAGAGACCUUAAUCAGGAACUUGGUUCGUUGAGAAAGAAGUUUCAGUUGAAAGAAGAAGAGAAUGUUUAUCUAAACAAGUCAACUGAGAGGAUGGACAAAGAGCUGCUUGAAGUAAAAAAUGCAAACUGCAGUUUAAGUCAUCAAAUUGAAAAUUCUGAGAAUCUUCUGAAGAAGAAAGAUGCAGAGAUGCUUGAAAUGGAGAAAAGGCUAAAGGAAGAAGAAUCAAUGAAUGCAGAGUUUUGCAGAUAUAUUGAGGAGCUGAAGAUGGACAAAAAAGAAUCAAGACUGGUCAAAGACAAACUAGACAGGCAGAUUCUUGAACUAUCAGAAAAUUGCAUAAACCAAGAAAAAGAUAUCGAACACCUUAACGAAGUAAAUAAAAGUUAUCUCUCUGAGAUGAAAUCAUUACUUCAUGAAGUUGAACAACACAGGGCUAGGGAAGAAACUCUGAAUUUGCAGUUGCUGGAUAAAACGAAUGAAUUCAAACUUUGGGAGGCUGAGGCUGCUACAUUUUAUUUUGAUCUUCAGAUUUCAUCCAUUAGCGAAGCACUGCUGGAAAGUAAGGUUACUGAGCUUGCUAGAGUUUGCAAGAUACUUGAUGAUGAAAGUGCUGCAAAAAGUUUAGUGAUUAAACAAAUGCAAGGUGAAAUUGGAGAGCUGAAGGGAAGGUUAUCAGCAUAUAUUCCUGUCAUCACUUCCUUAAAAGAGGAUUUUGUGUCUCUGGAGCACACUUACCUCCUUUGGACCGAUAAAGCUAGUGCUGUAGGCAACGGAGAACAAAAGGAUACAGUGAUUGAGACUUGUCACCAAGAAAAUAGCCACCAGAGUUUAAGAGGAAAUGAGAGCACCUUAAUACCAGAUGGGGUCUCAGAUUUGAUGAACAUGCAGAUAAGGAUUAGAGCAGUUGAAAAGGUAUUGAUUGAAGAACUCGAAAAUCUAACUGCUAAUGCUGAAACAAGAGCCCUGGCACAAGUGACUGAAGAUUCGAAUUUGGAAGCUACCCCAUGUCCAGAAAUUGACAGCAGAAAAGUGGCGAAGGAACCUAAGGAAAGUGGCACUCGUGAUCUCAAUGCAUGGAGAAUAAAGCCUGAAAGUAGAGUAUUGAUGAAAGAUAUUCAACUUGAUCAUAACUCAGAUGAUCUCGACUCUCACUAUUGCAAGAGAGAGCAUAGUAAGACUAAUGAUCAUGUCCUAGAGUUAUGUGAUAGUGAUGACCACGAGAUUAGCGAAGCUGACAAACGUGAUAAUCCUCCAACAGAAGAUGCUAUGACAUGUCACCAUCAGUCAGAAAAUUCAGAAAGACGCCAAAGUUACUCUUCAGAAUUGGAGAUUGGCGUUGACGAGCAAGAGUUGUCAAAAGUUAUACAAGAGACACCUCAAAAUGGCAAGAGGAUAAUCUUGCAGAGGCUAGCCUCAGAUGCUCAGAAAUUAGCCAUUCUUAAAAUGUCUCUCCAGGACUUGAAGAAGAAACCAGAGACAAAGAAGAAAAGCAAGGAGGUAAAUGAGAUUGAAUAUGAAACAGUGAAGAGACAUAUAGAAGAAGUUGAGGCAGCUGUGGUACAACAAGUUGGUAUAAAUGAUCAUCUGGCAAAGGUACUUGAGAGCACCACAUGUUCAGACAGAGAGAUUUUGGAAAAGCAUGAACACAUCCAAAGAAAAGUGACAGAGCAGGCGAGAAGAGAUUCUGAACAAAUAGGAAGGUUGCAGUUUGAGGUGCAGAACAUCCAGUACAUUUUGCUGAAAUUGGCUGAUGAGAAGAACAACAAAGGGAAAAGCAAAACAGGUAUAUUGUUGAGAGACUUCAUCCAAAUUGGAAGGAAAAAUAGCAGAAGGCGCCGUAAAGUGUGUGUUUGUGGAUGUUCAAGGAAGCCUUCAACCAAUGAGGAUUAAGUCUGAAAUUUAGAGACAGCAUUUUGUAAGAACUUUCUCUAUUUGGGAUGUUUCUACAUAUAGCAUAUGAAUACUUAAUUUAGCUAGUAAAAUUGGAGCUUUAUUAUCAAAUAAAAAAAAAGUGUGAAUUUAGGCUUGUCUGAUCACGCCAACAUUUUUCACAUCUGUAUGCAUGUAUGUAUAUGUUUUAGCUUCAGAAAGAAUUGUAUUGUACUGAGUGUGACUUGUAUAAAUAAUGACACUAGCAACUAAUAAAACUCUGCUAUGUUCUGCA